CAUCGCUCCAGCCUGCAUUCUCUGCUUGGACCGCCGCCUCGCCGCCCCCAUCCAUCCGAGCCGCCGACCCAUCCCUCGCUAUCCAGCGCAUUUCCACGGCAGACCGCCCCUGGACUGUCGACAUCCGCCAUGGCAUCAUCCUCAACGGCAUUUGACCUCGACCAGAACGAGCGUCCUGUCGAAGACUUUUACAAGCUGCUCGACAUCUCCAAAAAUGCCACGGCAGAGGAAAUCAAGAAGGCGUACAAACGAGCGGCCCUUAAAUAUCAUCCUGACAAAGUCGGCUCACAUCCUGAGGCUGUGGAGCGAUUCCAGCGUAUUCGCCGAGCAUACGACGUUCUGAACGACCCCGAUAAGCGAAAUAUCUACGAUAGCUAUGGCGAGCAAGGUGUCACUGCUAUGGAAACGAUGGGCGGGCGCGUCCCGAUGUUCCACCCCGGAAUGCUCGUUGUCAUCAACCGGAUCUUCUUCCUCUUGACCAUCUGCGUGGCUCUCCUCAUCCUCUUCCCUGCCUUCCUUUCGAUGCGUGCGGACGGAAAGGUGCAGUGGCCGUGGGUCGCUGUGUUCACCCCUCUCUUCAUCCUGGAUGCUCUUGUUCUCCUGAUUGCCUGGGUGAACUUCUCCCGAGAGCCGGAGGAUGAGACCAGCGAAGAGGAUUUCGCCGACAAGGAAAGCCACGAAGAACACAAACGCAAGUCCAAGGCCGAGAAGCGUCUGUCGACCGCCAUCACGUUUACGUAUGUGAUCCUGCUCACGAUUUUGCAGGUUCUGAUCGCCCUCCGGCUCGACUCGGUCAUCACGACCUCUUGGCUGGUUGUUAGCGUACCGUGGUUUGCUCUUGAGGCAUUCCAUGGCAUCGUUGCCAUCCCCGCGCUGUUCUCCAAAUUCGCCAUGGGCGCCUACGACAUUGAUGCCAGCGGCGACCCAAGCCCUCGCUCGCUCAAUGCCCUCGAGAAGCUCAAGGCCAUCUCGGAUGCCUAUGUUCCCUGGGCACUUCGUGUCAUCCAAGUUGUUUUGAUCGACGUCAAGGCGAACGGCGCCGCAUUUUCAUGGGCCGCGACCUUCUCGCCAGUUUUCAUCUAUGUAUUCCUGGAGCUCGUCUCCCUUGUCCUGAGCUACCAAGAGUACCGCCGCAGUCGCCAGUCGGCAACGAACGAGCAGGCUGCCGAGAAGAAGGCCGUUCUGGGCUUCAAUGUGUUUGGCUUUGUGUUGCUGGCAUUCACUGUGUGCUACACUGUCGGCAUGCUUAUCACAAGGCUCAACAAUUCGGAUGACACGACACCGUCUUCUGCCGUUAUCCUUGUUCCUGUCUUCAUCAUCAUGAGCACUCUCUUUUGCUGCACAUGCUGCUUCCUCCCAACCAUACUCUGUUGCUGGAAGCUCUCGACGAUGGCCGCUCAAGAGGGUGAGGAAGAACAGGUCGAAAUUAUCAACGAAGACCGUCGCAUCACGAACGAAUAGAGUCGUCUAUUCUAUUUUACUUUUUACUUUUUAGACCACAACCUUGCGUCACAGCGCUGCGUUAAUUCGAGGCAUCGUCGCCACAAGCUUGGCAGGGAGUGCUUUGCGU